AGGUUACAACAAACGGUUUCCAUACGAAAGCCACUUCGGCAACUUCGGAAAUAUGAGAGUCUUCUCAGGAAAUUGAAGGCCAAUUGGUGGCCUCCAAAUCUGCGGAUAUGGACAGGCAGAGGUCGAUGCGUCUGCAGUAAAAGCAUUGUUAGUUUCGGUCAAUGUUCCCAAAGAACCUAAGAACCCGCCUAAGAUCAUUGGAAUAGCAUUUUACCAAGAGUACUCUUCAUUUUACUAAUACCUAAUAUUUUAUUUACCAACUCCUGUGGAAUGGACAUCUGCAUCUAGUAUCUGAAGUCUAGAAACUUCUCCCAAACUUGGUCGGCCAAAUUGUUCACGGAUGAGGAGAGAAACUCUGGCUACAGCAUUGCGGCUUUUGAUGGCACGUUUCUAACACUUAUCGUAUGUUUGGCGGCCCGGAAAACAUUGAGCCAUGAUCGAGAAGGAUGACGUUCUGCUGUGGUUCAAAGCCUCAUGUGGAAGUAGCCGAGUAAAUGUGUUUUGUGGAAUGCUGAAAUGCUGCACGGCACUAGAACUGCGAUACUUCCUCACUCUGCUGGAGGGUAUGCUCAAGGAAGUCGAGCAUCCUCUGAAGCAUGCAGAAAACGAAAUAAAUAAGUUCAUCAAGCCAGCUUCAGAUGUCACUUCGUCAUUGGACUUAUCCCAAGUGAAGGAUAGGAGUAACUGUCUGGCAUUGUUAGCCUUCCUAAAAUCUUCAGAUCAUAGAAUGGCUAGUGAUCUGCUUUACCCAGCAUUGACCACCAUUGACGAAGAAGGCGUCAAAGAUGAAAGCGUUCGAGAAGAGCUCUUGCUAAUGCUUUACAUGGCUGCAAACCACCCUGCUUUUUCCUUUGCUGAAAGAAAGAAUCUCUGGGAGAGGAUUGACACAGCAUGCAAAGCCCUGUCUGCAGGACAAGGAGUUAUCCCUGUCGCAAGCCUGGAUCCGGCAGCGGAAGAGAAGUCUCUUGAGACAGGAACAGAAAGUACUAGUCCUAUGGUGGACAAUGGCUGGGAAGAUGACACCAGCAGCACGAAUUGGGCUGACUGUGAUGACGUCAUUCCGGAGACAAUUGUGGUGACUGGAUGCCAGAAGUGUAGUGGAAGUGGUCCUUUUGAUGCCUAUCGCUUUGAUUACUCAUUUGAAGUAACUUGGUCUGAUGGUGGAUUCAACCGGUGUAGCAGAAGUUACACCGACCUCAUCCUUUUCCAAAAUAAACUUCACAAUGAAAAUGAGGAUGCGAUGCAGAAAGUUCCACGCCUUUCAAGCAAACGAUCAUUGAACACAUAUGAGCAAGCAAAGAAAUUGCUUCCUGAGAUAUCGGAGCUUGUACAGAAAUUCCUGGACUUGCCACGUGAUGUGCUCAGUAGUCAGCUUGUCAUUGAUUUCUUCAGCGCUAUUGGUGUGGGCUUAGACAGCCUAGAGAGUAGUCGUAGCCUGUCAGAUCUGGCAAGCUCACCUACUCGUGCGUCCAAACCUUCAAUUGCUACAUCCGCCUCUGGGUCUGUGGAUAGUUCGACGGACAUCACACCACGCUACUCACAGGAUAGCUUGUCCCCAUCCAGCUCAACAGAUGCUGCUAAAUAUCAGAAUGUUUACAUCACAACUACGACUUCUAAUUCAGCUUCUCAAUCCAAUACGAACAGCCUCCCUUCUUUGAAACCCGGGUCCAGUGGUAUUCCAAGUCUUCUUAAUGGACCACACUCACCUAUUGCCGAGGUGGAUGAAAAUCCUCAAAAGGACCCCCACAGCAAGAUUCCUCAGAAGUCCCCUUGCUUUAUUCGUCGAAUCGGUGGCGGAGUUGUUUAUUACGAACCCCACAAAGUCAUCGCAUCGGCUCCAAUGGCAUACUUAGAAAAAUAUGCGAAAAUGCGAAGCAAUAUUUUGCCUUCCAUCAAGCACAGCAAGAUGGAGACCACUCCUGAUGUUACCCGGCCAUCUACUGCUGGCAGUAAAUCAACAAGGCAGUCGUUGACGAUGUCUUUCCGUGAUCCACCUACACUCUGUCCAUCACCGCAAUCCAGGACCAGCAGCAGCAGAUCAACAAACUCACCUCAUGCCAGUAUUCGCUCGGGUGCAAUGAGUCCUCCCGGCCUUGGGUCAUCCUGUGAUGAAGAUACUAGCUUUCGGUGCCCCAGUGGCAACGAGUCCAGCAACCGACAGCGGAGGAAGAAAACCACGCCGACGAGUCCAGCAGAGGCGUACAUUCUAGGCUCUUACGGCAGUGCUGGGGAUAUGAAGACAUUUCCCUCACUUCAGGAAUGGCUGAAGGCCUUGCGGUUGCACAAGUACACUACAACGCUGGAAGACUAUGACUUUGAUAAGCUGAUGAGCUUGACACCGGAGGAAGUGGAUGCAUUGGACAUGACGUCCGGUGCUCGAUCCAAACUUACCACACACAUGGACUGGAUGAGGAAAAAUGGAUGCAGUGAGUUUGCCUUGUCCAGCAAAAUUUGCGAUGGUGGAAAAAAGAGUCGGUCUCAGUCACGGACCAGCUCAUUUGCCAGUCUUGACCGCAUGGACGUUGGAUCAGGCCAACCCAGUAGGAGAUCCACUAGCGAUUUCCCAUCGAUGCAGUCGAGUGUUUCACCAACUGCCUCGACAUGGUCAUUGCCAGAUGCACUACCAGGAGGCAGUGAUUUGACCCGUCCACGCUCCGCAGCUUCAGGAACAUCAUCGCGUCCUUCUUUAUACGGAGCAGAAGCCAUGCGCGGACAUAACACAGUCUCUCAUCACACCAGCAUGCCGCAGCUUGCCACAUCUCCAAGGCGCAAGUCUGAAACAGGUCUGGGGGGAAGUACCAACAGCAUUCCAGCACAUAGAGACUCUGGAUCUAAAGCACAAGCCAUGCCACGCCAAUCUUCUGUCAACAGCAAGACCCGGCGGAAAGCCCCUGCUUCUUCAACUCCAGCUCGCCAGUCAAGUCGCCCUGGCUCAUCAAACAGCCUUUCAUGGAGAAGCUCAGAUUCCACUGAUGGUGUGCCUCCAAACAGUAGGCGGAAAUAACAACAGCAUUUUUUUGCUUUGAUGAUUUUUUAACUACCAAAACAAACUGCCUCCAGGCCACGUUUGUGUCAAUCUUUUCGGUAGUGUCGAUAUUUCUAUUUAUCUUCUUUCAUUCUGGCUUUCUAUUUGCAAAUGGGCACAGAUUCGUCUCCAACUGUUCUCACAUCUUCUCAUAUUUCCUGCACCUGGUAUUCUGUCUGCUGGUCUUGAUCACAUUUUAUUCGGUUAUCUAUUCCAAAUACUCUGAAGCGUCGUCUGUUGAAGGUUCACUCCGUAUUCAAGGAGAGAACAUAGUUUAUGUUUUAUUUCAUAGGCCCUGUUUCAUCUCCCAGAGUAUAUAUUUUUCAUCUCCCAGAGUAUAUAUUUUGUCCGGUUGUCAGUCAAGGCUUACAGUGCCUUUCUAACAUUUUUAAAGGAGAUCGACAGACACUUUAUUAAUUUACUAAUGUAUACCUCGAAGACAAUUAUUGUUAGAGCGGUUUUGGUUCUCUUAGUUGGUGUAAGCUACAUUUUGAUCUGCAGCAGUUAUGUAGACUGUGCCAAAUUGAAACUAUCACCGGCAGGUGCGAAUAUCUGAUUUAAAAAAAUACUAUAAUAAUUAUACCCUCUCGCUUAGGAUGAGCUUUUUUAUGGCAGCUUAAGCGAAGGCUAUAUAUCUGCUUUAUGCAGGUUUAUGCCAAUGCGAACAAGCAAAAUGAUAAUAAUAUACCCGCAUCUCAAACUGUUGCAAACCUUUAUAUGUGUGCCAUGAGGCUUAUCUAUCAUACAGUAGGUUCUGCAUUUUUGUCAUUGCCCGUCGGCAUCUUUAAUCCUCUCUAUGAAACGGCUCUGUUCUAUUGUGUGUUUAGUGCACUGCUUUGUUGCACUGCUUGAUUGCACAAUGAAAACAAUUCCUCAAACCCAUUCCCACGCGCGAGCACAUUUGCAGGCACACUGCAUGCAGAAUCAGCAC